GAGAUUGAGUACAUGUGUGUAAGAGGGGGAGAGGGUAAUUGCCAAAGCUUUUUUUUGAUAAACUGUGUGCGAAGAGCAGAAAAACAAGGAAUAGUCGAAGUCGAAAACACAGGGAGAAAGAUAUUGCGGAUGAUACAGCGAGAGAGCGAGAGGAAAAAAGUGAGUGAAGAAGAGAAGAAGAAAAAGAGAUAAGAAGUGAGUGAAAACAUUUUUGAGAAACGUCUAAAUAAAAGGCGGCGACGGUGACGCCGGAAGAAGCAACGGGUACGAAGACAUAAAUUAUUUUUGUUAAGAGACUAUAUUAAAUAAACGCAGAAAUGGCUGCAUUGCCACGAAGAAUUAUUAAAGAGACGCAAAGGCUUAUGCAGGAGCCAGUACCAGGUAUUAGUGCAGUGCCUGAUGACACUAAUGCUAGAUAUUUUCAUGUAAUAGUCACUGGACCAGAAGAUUCGCCUUUUGAAGGUGGAUUAUUUAAAUUAGAGUUGUUUUUACCAGAGGAUUAUCCGAUGUCUGCACCAAAAGUUAGAUUUAUUACAAAGAUCUAUCAUCCUAAUAUUGAUAGACUUGGCAGAAUCUGCUUGGAUAUCCUGAAAGAUAAGUGGAGUCCAGCGUUGCAAAUACGAACUGUUUUAUUAUCGAUACAAGCGCUGCUUAGCGCUCCAAAUCCAGAUGAUCCUUUAGCAAAUGACGUGGCCGAGCUCUGGAAGGUGAAUGAGAGUGAGGCGAUACGGAACGCCAAAGAAUGGACGCGUCGAUAUGCCAUGGAUAAUUGAUCUUAAGGCGCAAAUUCUUGAAGAUGGUGCAAAUCGUUAGAUGCGCUAUUCUGGAAUCACUAUAAUGGGAAAUGCAAGGACAGGGAUAGACACAGGAAUGCGUACACGCUCAAUAAUAUCCAUCAUUUCAAGUUUUGCUAUUAAUAUUAAAAAUUAAAGCUAAAAGAAUGUUUUGUACAAGUAUAAACAACUUGUGCGUUGAGAUUGUGUACUUUCCAUAUGUUAAUAUUUGCUAUAUUUAUCCUAUGAAGUGUGGAAGAGUCAUACAUGGCUCUGGGACUUUUUGUUAUAAUAACUGCAUUGCUCGAUCUUUUGCCUUCAUUAUAUAUAUAUAUAUAUAU